AUGCGGCGGGCAAGGAGCGUUGUGGCCACCAAGCAGCGCGGGCAGAGGCGAUCGGGGGCUUCCACGGCCCCCGUGGCCGCCGCUUCUGCUUCGGACAACAGCCGCGCACGGCGCUCCAGCAGCAGGGCCGGGGGUAGGAGCCGGGCGGCGAGCAGACCGCCGUCGGCGAAGCGGCGGCCGAAACUGUCGCCGCCGCGGGCCCAGGAGGCGGGCCCCGAGGAGCCGCCGGCGGCGGAGCUGGCCCUACUCCCGCCGCCGCCGCCCCCGACCCCGGCGACCCCGACGUCCUCAGUGUCCACGCUGGACCUGGGCGAGCAGCGGGAGCGCUGGGAGACGUUCCAGAAACGGCAGAGGCUUAACUUCGAGGGCGCAGCCAAGCUCCUGCUGGAUACCUAUGAGUACCAAGGCCUGGUGAAGCACACAGGAGGUUGCCACUGUGGAGCAGUUCGUUUUGAAGUCUGGGCCUCAGCAGAUUUACACAUCUUUGACUGCAACUGCAGCAUUUGCAAGAAGAAGCAGAAUAGACACUUCAUUGUUCCAGCAUCUCGAUUCAAGCUCCUGAAGGGAGCUGAGAGCAUAACCACUUACACGUUCAACACGCACAAAGCCCAGCAUACCUUCUGUAAGAGAUGCGGUGUUCAGAGCUUCUAUACUCCCCGCUCCAACCCUGGAGGCUUCGGAAUUGCCCCACACUGCCUGGAUGAGGGCACUGUACGGAGUGUGGUCACUGAAGAGUUCAAUGGCAGUGACUGGGAGAAGGCCAUGAAGGAGCACAAGACCAUCAAGAACAUGUCGAAAGAGUGAGCUUCUGCCUUCCUGACAAGGAGGAUGAGUGGGGUCAGCAGGUCCGUAGGCCCUGUGACACCUUGAUGGUGCCCUGAUGUGACUGGCCUUUGGUUUCUCCAGUUUGCUCUGGCUACCAGUUUCGUUAGGCAGCUCUUUGUUCUUCCUCAGCUCAAAUUUUGACAUAGAAUAGUUGAUCCUCUUCCUUCUUUUCGCCAACUUUUGUGUGAUCUUUUAGAAAAUAAAUAUUUUUAACAUUAAUGUAGUUGCUAUGGUUCCUCAUUUCCUUUGAACUUUGAUUUUUGCCCCUGAGGCCUGUCAUAUCACAGGUAUUUAUUGAGCACUGUCAAGAUGCUUGUAGCCAAAUUAGGAAGAAGGGAUAAGAUAAAUGAAGAGCAGUUACAACUGUGAGAUGAUGAAUGAUCACAGUGCAUGUGAGUUGUGAAGAUGUGAGUUCUAGGAGUUCAGAGGAGACAAGGCUAGUUCAGGAAGACUUUAUGAUGUGAGUCUUUUUGUUUGGUUUUUAAGAGGUUUUUUUUGGGUGGUGGGACUGGGGUU